CUUAUAGUUGCUCAAUAUGUGAGAGGGCUUGUCAGUUUUGUAGGGCCCGGAAGACUUGAUUUUUAUCAUGCAUGUUACUGAAGUGACCUCCCGCUAGAUAUUGCGCUUAAUGCAAGUCCAGUUCAUUCGGUCACUAAGCAAGUAAUCAUUGCACUAAUUUAAUACUACGGUGUAAAUCGCCCUCAAACCAUGGGCAUGCAGGAAUAUUCCAGCGGCUACCACCAUUGAUAGCAUAUGACUGUAAUAGUGUCUUUCCUCCUUCUCUCGUGAAUGCAAAAGGUUGCUUUCGGCAGAUUGCUUUUUGCCCAUUUGUACCCGACCAUGAUCUUCCUGGCUCGAUUUGCAAAUCUCCGGAGCUCGGGGAGCAAGAUAUUUGGCGCAUUGACCCAGUCUUUUUGCGCAGUGCAUCAGAGCCCUGGAGACAGGCUGGAGGACAGGAGGCUGCGGGUGCUGGUGGACAUGGACGGGGUGCUGGCUGAUUUCGAAGGUGGAUUCCUGCAGAAGUUCAGGGACACGUAUCCCAAAGAUCCCUUCAUAGAGCUGCAAGAUCGCAGAGGUUUCUGGGUUUCGGCACAGUAUGGAGAACUGCACCCUGAUCUCUGUGUAAGUCAAAGGCGACAACUGGAGGAAAUUAGUAAGGAGAAAGCAAUAAGUAUAUGGGAGUCAAAGAACUUCUUCAUUGAACUUGAACCUAUUCCUGGUGCAGUGGAAGCUGUGAAAGAGAUGGCGAACUUGAAAGACACAGAUGUGUUCAUUUGCACCAGUCCAAUAAAGAAGUACAAUUACUGCCCUUAUGAAAAAUAUGCCUGGGUAGAGAAACAUUUCGGGAAAGAGUUUCUGGAACUGAUCGUACUAACACGGGACAAAACACUAGUAACAGGCAAUUUGCUGAUAGAUGACAAACCAGAUAUAUCAGGCGUGGAGCCCUAUCCUAAGUGGGAGCACAUACUUUUCUCAGCCUGUCACAAUAUGCAUGAGCAACUGAGACCCCCAAAAAGGCGGCUGCAUUCUUGGGCCGAUGAUUGGAAACUACUACUGGACAGCAAACGGCAGUGACAACCUGAAUAGAGCCUUAAAUGUUUCAGUAACCAUGGAACAAUGAAAAGUGAUUGCCUGACGUGGAACUCAAUGAGUAGCACCUGAAAUUAAUUGAUAAUUGGAGGUUAUUUUGCGUGCAAAUAACUUAUCGCCUUGUGUGAAGGAUCCUGUUUUCCUGUAUUUUCAGUUGUUUAGGUACUUUUCAAUCAAUGGUACAUUAUUUAGGAGAUGAUACAGGUUUGGUUAGGAUUCAAUAGCACCAAUUUUCCCUCCCCCAUUCAGACACUGUGCAGUACAUUGUAGUUGUCAAAGUUGCAGAGAAUCUAACAGAAUCUUUAGCUGCUGUUCUGUGGCAUUUAAUAUAUUGCUGGGCAGAGCUUAAAACAGAUCCAGAAAUAUUUGACAAAAGACACAUCAUCAAAUAACGGAGACCACCACCCCCACCGCCCCCCA